AUGGCAGAGCCAGAGAAAAAUUUGCCCGCAUUAGCGAUUGUUGGACUCUCACUAAAGUUCCCCCAAGAUGCUGUCUCCGCCGAAUCAUUCUGGAAUAUGAUCGUGGAGGGCAGAUGUGCUUCAACAGACUUCCCUGCAGACCGGCUAAAUAUCGAUACCUAUUAUAACCCAGACACAAGUCGACUUGAUACUUUAUCCCAACGCGGAGGCCAUUUCAUGACGGAGGAUGUUGGUCUCUUUGACGCUCCAUUUUUCUCCAUCACCGCCGCGGAGGCAGAGGCCAUGGAUCCCCAACAACGACUUGUUUUGGAGACGGCAUUUCGAGCACUAGAAAAUGCAGGAAUGACAAUGCAGAGUAUUGCAAAGUCAAAGACCUGCGUUUUUGCCGGCGCAUCUAGCCACGAUUAUCUCAUUAUGAAGGUAAAGGACGCGCAGAGUCUACAGAAAUGGGACAUUACCGGAACUACUUCGAACAUGGUACCAAACCGCAUCAGUUGGUUUUUUGACUUAGUUGGACCCAGUGCUGCCAUUGACACGGCAUGUUCAAGUAGUUUAAUGGCGCUUGACAUGACUUGCCAGUCGAUUUGGAGCGGUGUUUCCACAAUGGGCUUAGCCGUUGGGAGCAAUCUUCUCAUAGCGGUCGACACAGCACUGAUGAUGAACAAUUUGGGUCUUCUCUCCAAGGAUAGCCGCUGUUACAGCUUUGAUGAACGUGCCAAUGGGUAUGCUCGCGGCGAAGGAGUUGGUGUUCUGGUCAUCAAGCCUUUAGAAGAUGCAUUGCGCGAUGGAGACACAAUUCGAUCGGUCAUAAGAGCCUCUGCUUCCAACCAAGAUGGAAAGACUCCGGGUAUCACGCAGCCAAGCCCGGAGAUGCAAGCUGAAUUAAUUCGAAAAACUUACCAGAACUCGGGACUUGACAUGGAACAGACGCGGUAUUUUGAGGCGCAUGGAACCGGAACUGCUGUCGGCGAUCCAAUUGAGAUCAAAGCCAUUGGAUCAGUAUUUCGCCCGCACCAUUCUCCAGACGAUCCUUUGUACAUAGGUUCUGUCAAGUCAAAUAUCGGACACCUAGAAGGUGCCAGUGGAAUUGCGGGUGUUAUAAAAACAGUACUCGCACUGGAGAAGGGUGUUAUUCCCCCAAAUAGUGUGAACCUUCAAACCCUCAACCCCCGAAUUGAUGAUGAAUUUUUCAACACUAAGUUCCCGCAAACUGCUCUCCCUUGGCCUUCGGACGGACUUCGACGAGCAUCCGUAAAUUCUUUUGGUUAUGGAGGCUCUAACACCCAUAUUGUUAUGGAUGAUGCAUGCCACUAUUUGAAGGAAAGAGGACUACAAGGCAAUCACAGCACAAUCAUCUCAUAUCAGUCAUCGAUGUGCAAAGAACAAAAUGUGGCCGAGGUGGAUGGUGAAGAGAUCGGCCAGGAUGAAACGAUCAAGAUACCGAAAGACUCACCUAAGCUACUCGUUUGGUCUGCGGCAGAUGAGAAAGGCAUUCUCCGAAUUCAAAAUACUUGGAAAUCCUCCUUCUCUGCGGCCUCCACGUUUGAUGAAGCGGGAACCAAAUUUCUAGAUAAUUUGGCUCACACAUUGUCAGCUAGAAGAACCCCUUUCUCCUGGAGGACAUUUGCUGUCUCUCGUCAGUCGGACAGCUUGGCUUCAUUGUCUGACAAAUUCUCGUCAGCCGUCCACGCUCGUACAUCACCAACCAUGGCCAUGAUCUUCUCUGGGCAAGGAGCGCAGUGGUUUGCAAUGGGCCGGCAGUUGCUCGAUAUCUAUCCGGUAUUUGUGCAAAGCAUUGAAGAAGCGGGGGAUUACCUUAAGACUUUGGGCUGUGAAUGGAUUCCAAUGGAUGAGCUAAGGCGAAGUGAGUCCACUUCCAAUGUUAACAAGACCGAGUACAGCCAGAUUCUGUGUACUAUAGUCCAAGUGGCCUUGGUGGACCUGCUCCGCUUUUUGGACGUGGUUCCCAGGGCUGUGCUAGGUCACUCUUCUGGAGAAGUGGCAGCCGCCUACUGCGCCCGUGGGAUUACCCGACAAUCUGCCUGGAAAGUAUCAUAUCAUCGAGGCAACAUGAGUAGCACGCUGGAGAAGACCAGCGAGUUUAAAGGAUCGAUGCUUGCAGUGGGGCUUUCAGAGCAGGACACAAUGUCCUAUAUCGAAGAAGCCAGCAAGCAGUUUGAUGAGGUCAAACUCAGUGUCGGCUGUAUCAACAGCCCCAAGAGUGUCACAGUUACAGGAGAGGUGUCACAAUUGAAUGCUCUCAAGAUUAUACUCGACCGAGAUCAUGUGUUUUGUCGCAAGCUCAAGGUCAACCUGGCCUACCAUUCCUCUCAAAUGAAUGAGAUUGCCCCACUCUACCUUGAAGCUCUAGGUAAGUUGGAGGACGAUUAUUCAAAUGUCAGGGACUGCCCGGAAAUGGUCUCUUCUAUUACUGGAGACUGGAUCAAGCGAGGAGAGGCUGCCCAGGCGUCGCAUUGGGUCAAUAACAUGAUCUCCCCAGUGCGUUUCUCUGGCGGGCUUGCCACACUUUGUUCAGGGGCGACUUUGAACGCCCACAAGAAGCUCGACGGCAGCCACCGCAAGACAAUGCCGAUUGAUCAUAUAGUUGAGAUUGGGCCACACUCCGUUUUGCAGGGCGCCUGUAAGGAUGUGUGGAAAACACUCAAAAUUGACAACCCCCCAAAAUAUCUUUCGUUAUUGGUACGCGAUAUUUCCGCUUCGGAUACUGCUUUUUCUGUGUUUGGCAACCUAUAUGCUGCGGGCUAUCCAAUAAACUUGACCCGAGUGAACGGACAAGAAUUUGCAAAGCACGGUACGCUCAAGUCCUUGUCCGAUCUUCCUGAGUAUCCCUUCAAUCACGACGUGCGCUACUGGCAUGAGAGCAAUCUAAGCAAAAAUGAACGGCUUCGCACCAUUGGUCGGAACGACUUGUUGGGAAUUCCCGAUUCCACCGGAAAUAAAUUCGAGAGACGAUGGAGGAACUUUGUGCGAGUGUCCGAGAUGCCUUGGACCAAGGAUCAUCAAAUUGACAACACGAUUCUCUACCCCGGCGCAGGCAUGUUGGUAAUGGCCAUCGAAGCUGCCAAGCAGGUUGCCGAGCAAGGCAGACCCAUCGAUGGCUUCAAUAUUCAGGAGGCUAAGUUUCAUGCCGCUAUGAGAGUUCCUCCUGGUGCACACGGAAUCGAGACAAACUUUUACCUCCGCCCUGCAAAGGGCAUGGAGUCAAAGACCUCCAACUGCUUCGAGUUCCGUCUCUGCACAUUGGGAAAUGAGGUAUGGACUGAGAAUUGCACUGGCAUCGUCCAAACUGUGUAUACCCCCAACGACACCAAUCCCGAGAUUGAGAGACGACACGAAGAGGAAUUGUGGAACUCCCAAAUGGAAGCAUAUUCCGAUGCUGUGAAAGCAUGCACAUUGCCCGUCGAUGGCUCAUCUUUGUAUGACCAAUUGCAAAGGUCAGGCUAUGGCUAUGGGAAUGCUUUCCAGCUGAUCAAAACAGCUUCACUCAGUCCCGAGCAGCCGUGUGUUAUUGCGAACGUAGAAAGAUUCUUAUCUUCUGCAGGGGAGACUAUCCAUCCAACGACUCUAGAUGCUAUUCUUCAGACCUCAAUAUGGACGACCGUGACUUCUGAAACAGACAGCAUCCCUACCGCCAUUCCAACCUCCAUCGAGAGUCUGUGGGUUUCCAGUCAAUUAUUUGGUACCGAAUCGUCUAAAAUUCUGAAAACGCAUGCUACACGCAGCAAGGAAUCAACUUUCCUUGGGGCCUCUGUAGAAAUUGUCGUAUUUGAUGAAGCGCUGCAAAACACUCUUAUAUCUAUCCAGGGGCUUGGGACAAAUGUUGUUAGCGAAGAAACUUCCAUGGAUGCUGAAGUGGCCACAGCAGAUCUCUGCUACCUCUUCGAAUGGAAGCCCGACCCCAGCUUACAGAGCAACAUGGAAUUGAUGGCUCUGUGCAAAAAGGCACAUCCCAAAAUGGCAGAUCCAGAGGACCUUUUCACCGAUUUGGAUUUCGUUCUCAUGGCUCGCAUUACUUCAACACUUGAAACUUUAUUCAAGGAGGACAUCAAGCCCAUGAAGCCACAUCUGCACAAUUAUGUGGACUGGAUGAAACAUCAGCAAAGCAUGCUGAAGCAAAGCCAACAUCGGUUCCAUGCAGAGGCUUGGAAAGGUCGUCUCACUGAUGUCGACUUCGUUGAUGCGAUUGAGACACGGUUGUUGAACGUGAACAAACGAAGCUCGCUCUAUAUUUCUGUGGCUCGCAACCUGCUCGCUCUCCUCGCUGGUGAAAUAGAUAUUUCGAAUUUCUUAUCCGAAGGAGAGAAGCUGAAAGAGUUUUACUAUGACGAGCUCCAUGAGUCCCACGGUCUCAAACAAUUCGGUACAUACCUCGAUCUUCUAAUCCAUGUCAACCCCAGGAUGCAGAUCUUGGAGAUUGGUGCUGGUUUCGGGUCUAUGACAAAUGUCAUGAUCGGAGUGCUCGGGGGUGCUAAUCAGUCCUGUGACAGACGGUACGCUCAGUGGGACUACACUGAGAUCUCUCCAUCGUUAUUUGCUGGAUCACAGAAUCAAUUCCGUCAAGAUGGCAACACAAUCAAUUUCAAGCAUAUGGAUAUUCAAACAGAUCCUGAAAAACAGGGGUUCAAAUGUGGAACUUACGAUGUCGUCGUCGCUUGCCUGACACUUCACGUCACCGCGGAUCUCAAGGCCAUAUUGCGCAACGCUCGAAAACUUCUCAAGCCACAAGGAAAGCUCAUGUUGUAUGAGAAAGCUGCUCCCAAUUAUCGUUCCGCGUUCAUAUUCGGUCUUCUCGAAGAAUGGUGGUCAAGUUCGGAGCUCUAUCGCACGCUUGGGCCAUGUGUCGACGAGCGCAAGUGGAAUGAGCUUCUUCUAGAGACGGGUUUCUCCGGCUUGGAUCUUCUUUUUGCAGACUAUGAAGGUCCCAUUCCCCAUGAGUGCGGUAUGCUAGUCUCCACAGCAGUCGAGGAAAUACCGAAAGGCUAUCUGAUGCCGCAAAUUGAACUCGUCUACAAUGAUGCUGAGUUGGCCCAAAAAGAACUCGUGCAGUUGCUUGUCAAGGACCUUGAAAAUGUGGUGGACACUCCCAUCAUUUGUUCUUCUCUUCAGGAGGCAGUGGAGAGGCAAGCCGAGGAUCCACUCCUUCGCAUCGUUCUUCUGGAGCUCCAGGGCCCCAUUCUGCCCGAUAUCAAGCCAGAGCUAUUUGGACAACUCCAGGAUCUUCUUUCUUCAACAGCGGAGAUGCUCUGGGUGAACCAGGGCGGAGGCAUAUUUCCCUCGCAGCCCCACUCUCGUCUUGCGGAAGGACUGUUUCGCGUGCUGAAGACGGAGAACAGCAAGCGAGGACUUCACCUGCUAUCACUUGAGCCGCAGACUUCCCUGACAAGUACACAACAUGGCCAUAUUACGAACAUCAUCAAACUCUUGUUGUCACCGGAGAGAGUGAAAGCAGAUAUGGAGUACAUCGAGCAUGAAGGAAUUUUGAAUGUCCCCCGCUUAGUCCCUGCCGAAUCAUUAAAUGAGAAUAUCUCACUCAUGUCCAGCUCGCACCAGUCCAAAAUUCAGGAUUUCAACUGUCAGAUUCCAUUGCAGCUCAACGCUGCAUCCCCGGGAUUGCUCAACGGUUUCGAAUUCAUCGAGGAUCAAAGUGCAUAUAUCCCCCUCAAGCCUGAUGAAGUCGAAAUCCAGGUCAAGUGUGCAGGGAUCAACUUCCGUGAUGUUCUGAUUGCAGUGGGUCAAUUGAAGGCCAGCCAUACUGGAUCUGAGUGGUCUGGAGUCAUCAGUCGAGUUGGUGAUGCCUGCAGCAGAUUGCAAAUUGGCGAUUCUGUUGUUGGUCUACAUAAUGGGUGCUUUUCAACUUCGAUUCGCAUGCUGGAAAGUGGCCCUAUUGUCAAAAUUCCGCCUGGUAUCUCAUUCGCAGAUGCUGCAGCGGUGUCGGUAAAUUUUGCCACUUCAUACAUUGCACUGCACAAUGUGGCUCGGAUCCAAUCUGGUGAGACUGUUCUGAUCCACUCGGCAUCUGGAGGCACCGGUCAAGCAGCAAUCCAGAUCGCCAAGAAUGCCGGAGCAACCAUCUUCGCAACAGUUGGCUCUGAGAGUAAAAAGAAGCUUCUGAUGGAUGUUUACAACAUCCCCGAAUCCCAUAUAUUCUCUAGUCGGACCACCUUGUUCUCCAAGAUGGUCAAGCAUCGAACUGGCGGAAAGGGUGUGGAUGUUAUCCUCAACUCCCUAGCCGGAGAUAGUCUGUUCGCAUCCUGGAAAUGCAUCGCGCCAUAUGGCAGAUUCUUGGAGAUUGGAAAGAGAGAUAUUCUUUCUAAUCAGAGACUCCCGAUGCUGAAGUUCUUGGAAAAUGUCUCAUUCAGCGGUGUCGACUUGGCUGUCAUGUCUGUUGAACGACCCUGGAUAUGCACGGCGGCUCUGGAGACGGUCUUUCAUAUGAUUCAAGACGGCAAGGUUCAUCCAUCUCAACCUAUUAAUGUAUAUGGUGUUGGCGAAAUGGAGAAAGCAUUCCGUGUUAUGCAAAGCGGUCAGCAUAUUGGUAAGAUGGUACUUGAAAUGCGUGGCCAUGAUCAGGUGAAGACUGUAUUGAAGACACGUGUGCCGUACUCGUUGGAUUCAAAUGCGACAUUCGUGAUAUCUGGAGCAAUUGGUGGUCUUGGGCGAAACAUCGCGUGCUGGCUGGCAGAUCGUGGAGCUCGCCAUCUUCUUCUUCUAUCACGUUCAGGUGGAAAAACCGAAAAAGCCAAAGAUCUUAUCAAAAGCCUCGAAGAGAAGGGUGUCAAAGUCCUGGCUCCCAUCUGUGAUGUCUCAGACAAAAUAUCAGUUAAUAACGCUCUCGCUCAAUGCCGCUCGAAUAUGCCACCGAUCAAGGGAUGCGUUCAGGCAGCCAUGGUUUUAAGAGAUGCUCUCUUCGAGGGUAUUUCCCAUGAAUCCUGGCACGAUUCGCUGGGUCCCAAAGUCCAAGGGUCCUGGAAUCUUCACCAAGAACUUCCCCAAGGGAUGGACUUCUUCAUCAUGUUGUCCUCCAUCGCCGGUAUCUUGGGUACCACCGGACAGGCCAACUAUGCAGCUGGAAACACUUUCCAAGAUGCGCUGGCUCGGCACCGCGUCGGACUGGGUGAAAAGGCCACUUCUCUGGACCUUGGAGUUAUCAACUUCGCCGGCGCCGUGGUAGAAGAUGCCCAACUCCAUGAUAUGUGGAUCAAAAACAGUGGUCUUGACCCGGUAACGGAAGCACAUGUCCACGGCCUGCUUUCAACAUACUGUGAUCCAGGUAUUAGUCAGGCCACGGCAUUGGACUGUCAGGUUGUUGUUGGGUUGUCGCCCAGUGCAAUGUCUAGCAACGAGCAAUGGAGGGGCGAGCGCCUUCUCCAACACCUGAUCACAAGUACGACACCUGGUGGCAGUGAGCAAAUGCAAGGCAUUACCAAGGGGCCAGCUUCACUCCUUAGGGCGGAGUCUUUGGCCGAAGCCAAUGCAGCUGUCACCGAACUCUUUGCUCAGAAGCUCUCUACGUCCCUGGGUAUCGCGAUCGCUGAUAUUGACACCAACAAGCCUUUGCACCAGUAUGGGGUGGAUUCUCUUGUUGCAGUUGAACUGCGUGGUUGGAUUUCCAAAGAGCUGCAGGCCGAGCUGGGGGUGUUUGAGAUCAUCGGGGGAGCAACGUUGACCUCAGUUUCGCAACUCGCUACGAGGAAAAGCAAACUGGUCAGACUCUCAGAUAAAUAG